AUGGCUCCGGCGGAGAUGAAAGAAUUAAGGAUGCAGCUUAAAGAGCUGGAAAAAGGGCUAAAAAUCAAGGAGGAAGACAUUCCGAAGACUGCAUUUAGAACUCGGUAUGGGCACUUCGAGUUUCUAGGAAUUUCUGUAGAUCCUUCUAAAAUUGAGACUGUGCUACAGUGGGAGAGGUCAAAGAAUGUAGCGGAGAUUCGCAGUUUCCUCGGACUUGCAGGGUACUAUCAGCGUUUCGUGAAAGACUUCUCGAGCAUCGAUGCACCGAUGACUCGGUUGACUAAGAAAGAAGUCAGAUUCCAGUGGGUCGCUGAGUGUGAAAAUACUUUUCAGGAGCUGAAGGUCAGACUGACAAGUACACCAGUCUUGACUAUUCUUGAUAGUGAAGAACCAUAUGAGGUGUAUUCUGACGCCUCGGGAAGUGGGCUUGGUUGUGUCUUAAUGCAAGGUGGCGCGUGGUAG